CGGAGGAAUUCUAGCUGGCGUGGCUCGCCGCCGCCACCGCCGCCGCCGCCACAGCCGCCGCCGCCGCCUCCACCUUCCCUCCUUCGCGUUCAUUCAUUUCCCUCCCUGGAUGGGACGGUCCACGCACGUCCCGAGGAAGGUGCCGGUGCCGCCCGAUACUUUCUGCUUGCCCGUUAGCCCGGAGGCCCCGAGCUGAGAGCUCGGAUACUCUCCCGAGCGCUCCGGCCCGACCGACAUGAACCGAGAGGGAUUGCGGUUCUUCGGAGCCGCAAUCUGCUUGGUAGCGGUCGUCUCAGGGCAAUACAAUUUUACACGGGAAAGGCCACGACCGGUUGUUCACGUUAACUCCCGUGGUGACAUCGAAAAACCUGAAGGUGUCGACGAUGAUACAGAGGCAAGAUACGAUAACGGUGCACCAUCCUGGCCUGGAUAUGAGACUGAUCGAGGGUAUUCGGAGGAAGAAAGCGCCGUGAAACACGGUGACUCCUCCGGGAAUUAUCCCCUGGAACCUGGAGAGAAUUAUGGUGGUCAGGGUGCCUACGAUCCAUACAACAGAAAUCGCGGUACUGGAUAUAAUUACGAGACCGGCGGUCGCACCAAUGACAAUGGAAACGGUGAUGUGUAUAACAGAAACCGUGGUAUCGGAUAUAAUUAUGAGACCGGUAGUCGCACCAAUGACAGUGGAAACUACCCUAGUAGCUACUCGGCAGUACCAGCCCCUGGGGAACGUCGAAACUGCAAGGGUUCGGACUGCUGCGUGCCAAAAUGUUUCGCGGAGAAAGGGUCUCGCGGACCUCCCGGUAUCGUCGGACCGCAAGGACCGAAGGGUCAACGUGGUUUCCCAGGAACCGAAGGACUUUUAGGGCCAAAAGGAGAAAAAGGAGACCCUGGACCGCAAGGACCACGAGGUUCUAAGGGAGACCGGGGUAAAAUGGGAAUGCCAGGAUUUCCUGGUAUCAACGGAAUACCUGGAGUGCAAGGACCUUCGGGAUCCCCUGGGCUUCCUGGCAGGGAUGGUUGCAACGGUACCGAUGGUGCUCCAGGUCGGCAUGGACUUCCAGGAGAACCAGGACCACGAGGAGUUCCCGGAAUACCUGGUUCCAAAGGUGACAAAGGACAACCGGCGUAUGCUGGAGCGUUCACAGUUGGACAAAAGGGAGAGCCUGGAAUAGACGGAGUUAGAGGUCCUCCUGGACCACCUGGACCUCAAGGAGACCGUGGUCGUCAAGGAUUUAAGGGAGAACGCGGACCAUACGGAAUACCGGGAGGCCCAGGGCCAAAAGGAGAGAAGGGUAACAUGGGUGUGGGAUUCGAAGGAAUAAAAGGUGACAAAGGUCAGAAAGGAGAACUUGGACCACCGGGAAUCUCAGCACCUCUUGUUCCUCUUACUGGAUUCACCAAGAUGAUAGGAGCCACAGGAGAACCAGGUCCAAAGGGUGAUAAGGGAGACAUUGGACCGGACGGGAUGAAGGGAGAACCUGGUCCACUAGGCGAUCAUGGAAUCCCUGGAGGGUCAGGAAUGAAGGGAGAGAAGGGUCUUCCUGGAGCCCCAGGAAUUCGAGGAAGAGAUGGGUUCUCUGGACCGCCAGGGCCACCGGGUCAUAAAGGUGACCGAGGAUAUGAUGGGCUAGAUGGUCUUCCAGGGCAUCCUGGUAGAAAAGGAGAAUCUGGUCGCGAUGGACCAAUGGGAGUGCCCGGAUUACGUGGUCCCGCUGGUCCACCUGGAGGAGGAAAAGGAACUCCGGGACCACCGGGACCAAAGGGACCGCGAGGUUUCCCAGGACCAGUUGGACCUCGAGGGACGGAUGGUUAUCCAGGAGAUCCGGGACCAAGAGGGCCUAUCGGUCCUCAAGGAGGUUCAGGACAACCUGGUAUUCCAGGUCCCGAGGGACUUCCUGGAGAUAAGGGAUCGAAAGGUGAACCAGGUCUUACAGGAUUCCCAGGAGAAGCAGGUCCGCGUGGUUUCGAUGGUCCUCCAGGUCCAGUUGGACCUCGUGGCCCAAUGGGAGAAAAAGGAAUGUCCAUUGUGGGUCCCAAAGGAAUGGAUGGGUUACCAGGAGUCGACGGAGAGAAGGGACAAAAAGGAGAAAGAGGUUACGCGGGAGUACGAGGACGUCCCGGUGAUUCUUUGAACGGGAUACCAGGAGCUCCUGGGGCUCCGGGUCUUCCUGGUGAACCUGGAAUUGCUGGACGUGACGGGUCACCAGGAUUCCCAGGAAUGCCCGGUGAAAAGGGAGAGAUAGGAGGCCGGUGUCAAGAUUGCUUGCCAGGAACACGAGGGGCUAAAGGAGAUCGUGGAUUGGACGGAAGUCCAGGUCUUCCGGGACCUCGAGGUCCUCCCGGAGAACGAGGUUUCCCUGGAGAAGCAGGUGCCGAUGGUCUUCCAGGCCCUAUUGGGCCACCAGGACCUGCAGGCAGAGAUGGCGUCGAAGGAAGCGCAGGUCCUCCAGGAGAAGACGGAGUUCCCGCAAUUAUACCAGAAAGUUUACUUAAACAAGAAAAAGGUGACAAGGGAGUUCGAGGAGAAUCUGGGCGGCAGGGACCACCGGGUCCUCUAGGACCUCAAGGAGAGAAAGGCAUGAGAGGGUUAGGUGGUUUCCCAGGACCAAAAGGAACGCCUGGUGAUCGCGGUUUCCCAGGACAAGAUGGUACUCCUGGAAGGCCUGGAACUCCUGGACGUAAAGGAGAAAAAGGAUUGAGCAUAAAAGGACAUGCUGGAGAACCAGGGCUUCCAGGAUAUCCUGGCCCGAAAGGAGAACCAGGAUUAUAUGGUCUGAAGGGAGAACCGGGGCAGUGUCCACCAUUAAACCUCGAAAAAGGAUUCAAAGGCGACAGAGGAACUCCUGGAGAGAAAGGUGAACCUGGUCCUCCUGGAAGGGAUGGAAUACCAGGAGACAAAGGUGUUCAAGGUUUCACCGGCCCGGCUGGCCCAGUUGGCGCAAUCGGACCCCCAGGUCCUGUGGGACCUAGAGGAUCGCCUGGACCUAGAGGAGAUAAGGGAAAUAUGGGUCCUAUGGGAUUCCCAGGAGAGCCAGGACGUGAAGGACCCAGAGGAUUCCCUGGUGCUGCCGCUCCGAAGGGAGUCAAGGGAGAGGCAGGAAUAUCCGUCCAGGGUAGUCCAGGACUGACAGGACCUCCGGGCGAGAGGGGAGAAAAAGGCUUGCCUGGUCCUCCGGGUAAAGAUGGACCUGUUGGAUUCCCAGGAUUGCCUGGUUUCACUGGAGAAAAGGGAGACGUCGGGAUUCCAGGAUUGAACGGACUUCCGGGUGCACCGGGACAGAAAGGAGAUACAGGACCUCUGGGUCCUCCAGGUCCUUCAGGAAUUCCUGGAACUCCUGGAGUCGAUGGUCGCAAAGGUGAACCAGGACUGCCGGGAGAACCUGGCAGAGCUGGGCUACCCGGCUUCCCAGGAGUUAAAGGAGACCGAGGUGAGCCUGGAAUCGACGGUCCCAAAGGAUAUCCCGGAAGACGAGGAAUCCCUGGGGCUGCUGGUCGACCUGGAGUGGAAGGAUUGACAGGAUUAAAAGGAGAGAGAGGCGAGAAAGGUGCUCCAGGAUUCCCUGGUCUGCCAGGAAUGGAAGGAAAACCAGGCCUACCCGGACCUGUUGGUCCGAAAGGAGAUACCGGUCCGGAAGGUGCACCAGGAUUGGUAGGACCCAUCGGUUUUGAAGGCGUUAAGGGAGAUCGUGGUCCACAGGGACUUCCGGGCAGGAAAGGAGAGGCAGGACGAGCAUCAGAGAAGGGUCAAAAGGGAGAACCGGGAAUGCCCGGAAUUCGCGGUCCCCCAGGACCUGCCGGAAGAGAUGGUAUUGACGGAUUAAAGGGUGAAGCCGGUAGACCUGGAAUUGGACGCGAUGGGCAUCCGGGAAUGAAGGGAGAAGCAGGACGACCGGGACGAGAUGGACUUCCGGGAUUACAAGGACCAAAAGGCGACCAGGGAGUUCGAGGAUUCCCAGGCCUCAAAGGAGAUGUCGGACCUGUUGGAUCUUACGGAGAACCAGGAAAGCCCGGACUUGAUGGUAUUCCUGGGUUAGAUGGCGAUGUAGGGCCUCAAGGACCUCCUGGUUUCCCUGGUCCCGAUGGUGACAGAGGAUCUCCUGGAAUACCCGGAUUCGAUGGAGCUAAGGGAGAACGCGGACUUGCUGGCGAGGUUGGUCUUCCUGGAUUUUCUGGGGCACCUGGAGACAAAGGAGAUCGUGGUCCUCCGGGAUUGACAGUUAACGUUAAAGGCGAGAAGGGAGAACCAGGGUCUCCAGGAUUCCCUGGACUGGACGGCGAGAAAGGUGACAGAGGACUACUAGGACGACCUGGAUUGGAAGGAGAGAAAGGAGACAGAGGUUUAAUGGGAGUACCUGGUAGCCCUGGAAUACCUGGUCUACCAGGACCGAAGGGCGAUAGAGGUCCCGCUGGUCCUCCUGGACUUCCUGGCUUAACCACCAAAGGAGAGAAGGGUCUUCCUGGACUCAUGGGAAAACAUGGUCGCGAUGGGUUAUCUGGUCUCCCAGGGGAGAAAGGUGAGACAGGAUUCCCUGGACUUCCUGGACAUAAGGGAGACCGAGGACUUUACGGACCACCUGGACCUCCUGGAGAAAAGGGAGACACGGGCCCUCCAGGUCUCUUAGGAGCUCCAGGACGCGAUGGACCUCCAGGCUUUGAUGGACCUCCAGGCUUGCCAGGAGAAAUAGGACCAAAGGGAGAUCAAGGUCCUCCUGGGCUCUUCGGUGCGCCAGGAGAGAAAGGAGAUCGCGGUCUGACCGGUCCCAGAGGAUUAGACGGAAUUCCCGGAGAAAAGGGUGAUCGAGGUUGGAAUGGAAUAGACGGCGUUCCAGGGUCACCGGGAGAGAAGGGUGACUCGGGGUAUUCUGGACCUCCAGGACUUACAGGACCUGUAGGCUAUCCAGGACUGAAGGGAGAAAAGGGUGAAGAUUGUCUCGAACCACAAAGAGGAUCUAAGGGAGAUAGAGGACUUCCGGGACCGGUUGGACCAGCGGGUCCUCCCGGAGAGAAGGGACCGUCUGGACCUGCAGGAUUCCCAGGAUUGGAUGGACCGAAGGGUGCUCAAGGAUACAACGGACCUCCUGGUCCCUCGGGAUUGCCGGGAUUGGCGGGACCGCCCGGUGCCCCUGGACUGCCGGGGCUUCAGGGUCCAGCGGGUCUGUCGGGUCCCCCGGGAGAACCAGGAGCGCCCUGCGAAUCGGCUGCUGAUUAUCUCACGGGUAUCCUCCUGGUCAGGCAUAGUCAGAGCCAAAGUGUUCCCGUCUGUGAGCCAGGACACAUCAAGCUAUGGGAAGGAUACAGUCUCCUCUACACCGAUGGGGACGAAAGAGCACACUCUCAGGACUUAGGUUAUGCCGGCUCGUGCGUAAGAAAGUUCUCGACGAUGCCCUUCCUAUUCUGCGACGUCAACAACGUCUGCCACUACGCCAGCCGCAACGACCGCUCUUAUUGGCUGUCGACCAACAGUCCCAUCCCGAUGAUGCCGGUCGAGGAAUCAGCGAUCGAGGAGUAUAUCUCCAGGUGCGUCGUUUGCGAGGUGCCGGCCAACGUGUUGGCGAUUCAUAGUCAGUCUUUAAGCAUCCCAGAGUGUCCUGGAGGAUGGUCUGGUCUUUGGAUAGGAUACAGUUUCGUAAUGCACACGGGAGCCGGAGCCCAGGGCGGCGGGCAGUCCCUGUCGAGUCCUGGAUCCUGCCUGGAAGACUUCCGGGCGACUCCGUUCAUUGAGUGCAACGGCGCCAAGGGCCACUGCCAUUACUACGCGAACGAGUUCAGCUUCUGGAUGGCAACCAUCGAGGACAGCCAGCAGUUCCAGAGGCCAGAGAAGCAGACCCUGAAGGCUGGAAACCUGAGGUCUAGAAUAAGUCGCUGCCAAGUCUGUAUAAAGAAUACGUAAAGGCGACCGAGCGAUCCGGCGACGCCGCGAAGCCGUCGUGAUCGAUCGACCUAACCAGGGACAUCUACCCGAACGAAGGAAACCCGAGGAAAACCUAGACGAAGUCGAGGUAACCGACGAGGGGAGGGGGGAGGGACACCCGAGGUUUUCGAAAAAAAGGCAUCUCCUCCUUUCGGUCCCUCGUUGAUUCGACCUGGGCGAAAUCGAGAGAGGAGUGGAUGUUUCCUGACGAUUUACCCCGGCUGCGCGUACUAUCACGUUUCCCCUUCUUUAGGCGUUAUUUCCUUCCGAAAUUUACAUUUUUUUCCUACUUUUUUUUUUCUUGUAAUUUCUAACGUUUCCGGAGAACGAGGUAAAGUGGACCACGCGGGACGACCCUAUAUCCUAGUUUGCUAAUUAAUUAAUUAGUUAAUUUCACUUUGUUGCUUCCACCCCGUGGUGGUACAUGGCCAUGGUCAAUGAAAUCGUACGCGAGUACGGCUAUUGAAGAUACGAGAUAAAUGAUAUCGUACGAACGAUAGGGCUUACCUCGUUUGAUCCACUUUUCCCUCGUUAGCGACGGUUUCUCACGUUGCUCCCUCGCCGUAAUCGGCUCUGCGAGUUCUGUCCACUUUUCUCACCGUUCUCCUUCCCUCUCUCCUUCCACUUUUUUACACCUCCCCAAGUGCCUAGCAUACUGCCUAGUAUGUAAAGUAAUAUAUAAUUUAUAUCGUAAAUUUAUAUAUGGAGCCUUAAGUUUAUUUUAUCGUACUACUCACGGACACUGCCCAUAUCCGAUCUGGCCACAUUCGCAUAUUGUAUAUUGAUACGAACGAUUCCUCUGGCCCGGAAAUCGUGCGACGCCAAAUAUUUAAUUAUACAUAAUAGGUAUUUUGCUACAUAGCCAAUAAAAUGAUGUUUCGAAGCGA